CAAGAUCUCUGGGUCGAUCGACAGUUACCACAAUCCGCGGAGUUUUGGAGAAGCAACACCGUCGUACAAUCCCUGCUGCAAGAUGCAGAAGGUUUACCUGCCUUGCGGGAGAGUGCAGAAAGGGUGCAUUACAACUCUGACCUAUAGGACUCUGACGAAUUUGAUCAAGCAUAAUGUUUGUAAUCAGUUCAAUCUGAGCGCAACAAUUUUCGUACAGUCAUGCAACUCUCAUGGCACAAAUGUAUCAGGGGAUGCAUCAAGAGUCAACGUUUAGAGUAGAAGUUGUGCGAUACCAUAUCCUGGUGUACACAACCUCGUCGUCGGCUGUCGCUCAGGGCAAGUCCAUGAACGGGAUCAGACGCCCUACACAGACUUAGUUGUACACCACCCACAUGUCGUCCGAACCACCACAAGACUCAUCGACAGGAGCGGUGGGGACGCCCGCUGACUUCCUCAAAGGCGUCAUUGGCAAGCGCGUAGUUGUCCGACUCAUUUCCGGCGUCGAUUAUCAGGGUCUUCUUUCCUGCCUCGAUGGGUAUAUGAACAUCGCGCUUGAGCAAACUGAGGAGUACGUGGAUGGUGCCGUUGUGAAUCGGUAUGGAGAUGCGUUCAUUCGUGGGAAUAAUGUUCUGUACAUUUCUGCUAUGGAGAGCAUAUAACCGACGCUAUUCGAGGAACAUCUUGCGAUCAUCUGGAUUCAUCAGUGAGAGGAUGAUCAAAGGUGUUAGCGCACUUUCUCUGCCCACGUCGCACUCAUCCAUCUGUGCAUCAAACGGGAAGUUCUACAUAUCACGAUAGCUCUUUCCCGUGAUCGAAUUCGUGUAGCGCCUCGAUAUCAAAAUGUUCAUCCUUCUGAGUUGUGCAACAUAAUAUCAUGAUGAUAUUC